AUGUCGAGCUUCAUCCUUACCCUCUCUUGCCCCGACCGGCCGGGCAUCGUGCACGCCGUGACCGCUUUCUUGGUCGAGAACAACCUCAACAUUGUUGACUCAUCGCAGUUUGGCGACCCAUCCUCGAAGCGAUUUUUUAUGCGUGUACACUUCGCCGCCGAGUCCUCCGAAAAGGCCGUUGAUGAGCUUUACGCGGCUUUUGAGCCCACCGCUAAGUCGCUCUCCAUGGACUUCCAGCUCGUGCCCGCCACCCAGAAAGCUCGCGUGCUCAUCAUGGUCUCCAAGAUCGGCCACUGUCUCAAUGACGUCCUCUUCCGUCAAUCGACCGGUCAGCUCGCUAUUGAAGUCCCUUUGAUUGUGUCCAAUCACCCAGACUUUGCCACUCUAGCGGCAACCUACAAUAUCCCCUUCGUCCACCUUCCGGUCACUCCGGAUACCAAGCAGAAACAGGAAGCUCAGAUCCUGGAGCUCAUCCGCGAGUACAAAAUCGAUCUGGUUGUUUUGGCUCGGUACAUGCAGGUUCUGUCUCCCACGCUAUGCGAAGCCAUGUCUGGCCGCAUCAUCAACAUCCACCAUAGCUUCCUGCCAUCGUUCAAGGGCGCCAAGCCAUACCACCAGGCGUACGACCGCGGUGUGAAGAUCAUUGGUGCCACCGCACACUUUGUCACUAGCGACUUGGAUGAAGGCCCCAUAAUUGAACAGAACGUGGUGCGCGUCAACCAUGCCAUGAGUCCGAAGGAAUUGACCCAUGCCGGUAGCAACGUGGAGAGCAAUGUGCUGGCUACGGCCGUCAAGUAUGUGACCGAGCGCCGGGUGGUGUUGAACGGGCACAAAACGGUGGUGUUCAAUUAG